CUCACACCCUCGGGGGCCUCAGACUGCCCGCCUGUCUGCCCAGCCUCCUUCUCAGCCGGAGAGGGUUGCUGCAGAGCCGGGUGAGGAGCCCACAUGGCCAGCUCAUGCCUUCCAGGCCACGGCUCAGACCUUAUGUCUUGCAGAAGACAAACCUGGGCAUGACCCCACCGGGAUCUCAGCGAGGACGUCUCAAACAUGAAGCACCAGUCACCGGGCCUGCACGGAGACUCUAUGGUCAGUGAGAAACUCACAACCAAGGACCCACUAAGCAGAGACGAGAUGGAAAACCCACCAGAAAGAGUCUCCUGCCUACCCAUCCCCCCUCUCACCAGCUCCUCCCCAGAUGUCAGGCUGGACAGAAAGAGCUCCAGUCCCUCGACCUGCUGGCCCUGGUUUCCUCCAACCAUCAUCUCCAAGCAACUCCCCGUCUACAUCUGCCCAGUCUUUCCCGAGUACCCAGUUUUCCUGCCUCCCCCUUACCUAUUCACAUAUGGGGCCCUACCUUCAGCCCAAUGUCCGUACCUCUUCAUGCUGCCCCCAGACACCUCAUACCCCAUAGUGGCUGCAUCCAGCUUGCCUAUGACAGCCGAUGGAGCUGGGCCCCAGGUCAGGAGCCGGAGCUCUAGAAAUGCUUCAGCCUUCUCCCCAGGACGGGCUGGCAUGGCAGCUCCUGCAAAGCGGCCAGGCUCCCAGGCCAGUGUCGUAACCCUGCCCUACCCUCUGAAGAAAAAGAAUGGGAAAAUCCUAUACGAGUGCAAUGUGUGUGGCAAGAAUUUUGGGCAGCUCUCCAACCUCAAGGUCCACCUGCGUGUGCACAGUGGAGAGCGUCCAUUUCAGUGUGCCCUGUGUCAGAAGAGCUUCACCCAGCUGGCCCACCUACAGAAGCACCACCUGGUGCACACCGGGGAGCGGCCCCACCAGUGCCGGAUAUGCCACAAACGUUUCAGCAGCUCCAGCAACCUGAAGACCCACCUCCGCCUGCACUCAGGUGCCCAACGCCUUCAGUGCAACAUCUGUUCCAGCGGCUUCGCCCCGCGUGUCCAUCAGAAGCUGCAACAUAGGCUGCAGGCUCCUCAGCCCUGUAGCCUGGCCCACCCCCACCUGCCCCUCACCUCUCUCACCUGCCUUGCCCAAUGGCACCGAGGAGCACUAGCUCUCGUGGAGGACUCAUCGGAGAAGAUGGGCUGGGAUGUGGACAAGCUCAAGGUGUCUUCAGUGUCCCCGGGAAAGCAAGGGUAGCCAGCCUGAGCAGUGGGGCUAGGGUUGCUCUGGGAACAGAGUGUUGGCAAUUAAAAGAUUCUGAGUGAAGUGCUGAGUGAAGACCUCCUGAGUGUCUCUAAUGGAGGGAAAUGUCCCCUGUGCACCUGCCAGAUCUCGUCCCUCACCUGGGAGCAGGGCAGGGCACAC